AUUUGGAAACAGCAAGAGAGUCUGCAAAAAUUAUUUGAGGAACAGAAUAAAACAAAAGUCUCAGUUGUAGAACUUGAAAAACAGAUUGCAAUGGUAAAUUAUUAUUUAAGAAAGAUAUUUCAGUUUUUUUGUUUUUUUAAGAUAAUCUAACAGUGCCAUUUUUGGAGAAGAAUGCUGAGUUUCUAUUUAUUUUGUAUCUAAUUUCUAAAAGCAUUCAAAAAUUCUUUUAGAAAAAUUAUCCUUCAUUUUUGAAGAAUUAUUAUACACACAUUUUAUUCCUUUAAAAAAAAUAAUUUGUUGCAUGAAUAUCUUAUGUCAAUAAAAUGGAAAGAUGUUUUUUGAUGUUUUUCCAUGAUGUGCCUUAGUAGUUUUUUUUAUAUAAAAAACUUUUCUUAUGCAAUGUAUCUAAAACUAAUUGGCAAUAUUAAUGUUUUCAAGCAUUGAUUCAAUCCAUGAUGUUUCAGAAAGAAUGUAGAAUAGCUCAAUUAGAAGAUCAACUCUCAAAAUCCAAAAGAGAUGAUUUGGAUAGUUACUCUAAAGUUGUAAAACAGCUAGUCUCAUCACCACAUUUAGCCUUAGACCACAAGCUUGAGGUAUUGCUUGUAAAAACUUUAUUUGACUUUUUAAAUUUAAAUUAUGUUUUAUCAGUCACGCUUUAUUACAAAAAGAUUUAUACUACUUACAUUUUUGACAGUUGGUAAUGAAACCCAUCUUAUGUAAGUUAUGGUUUGCUACCAGGAAAUGUAACUAAAUAAUAAAAAAGAUUACAGUAAUCCCAUUGAGUUAAGUACACUUACUUGCUCAUCGUGGAGUGAUAUUGUUAAAUAUUUGGCUACGCCACCUGUCUACUGCCAGAGUUCCAAAAAUAAUAACAAAGAUAAAAAGACAUAAAAAUAAGUUAAAUGAAUUUCAUGACCUUUAAAGUUGGAAGAGUUCUAAACUAAAUUCCAUGUGUUGUGGAAGAUUAACCAGCUCUUUUAUAUUUCACUCCUCCCUUUUCAUCGAUGUCUUUAUUGAUCUCAGCACUGUGUUUUGCAUUUCUCAACACAGUGUUAUUGACAGAUCAAGAUGUGUUGAUAGUAUUAUUUAUAAAAAUAUUUAUCCUUGUAAUAAUCAAUGGUACUUGUAAUAUAUAGGAAAGAUUUUAAUUAAUAUUUUCUUCCUUUUUUGUGGAUGUAAUUAAGUUAAGAAAGUUAAAUAUUUGUGUCCAAGUAAGCCUUUUGAACUGUUAUUUAAUGAUUUUGAAAUCAAGUAUAAAACAUAUAAAUAUUUGUAAUUAAUUAAAAUCACAUCGAAAAAAUAAGCCAAAAAUUGCAUUGUUAUUUUGCAGGACAUUAUAAAACUAAUUAAAGAUACAAAGGAAGAGGCGGAUAACCAUUUACAUGAAUACAAACAGUCGUUGGAAUGCUAUAAUAAACAUUGGCAGAAAGUGUUUGGUGCAGGACCAUCAAGCUUGAGAGAACUAGAAAAAAAGUUGGUUCAAACCUAGCAAAAAUUAAUAAAAUUCAGACUAUUCAAUGGUUGAUCCUUAAUUUAAUAGAUUUUUGUGUCUGUUACUGACACUGAAAUUAAGACUAUUCAACAGUUGAUCCUUAAUUUAAUAGAUUUUUGUCAGUGUCUGGGACACUAAAAAUUAAGACUAUUAAACAGUUAAUCCUUAAUUUAAUAGAUUUUUUAAGUGUCUGUUACUGACAAUAAAUCCCUUUUCCCCCUAAAAAGCUUAUACAUUUUUUAAAAAUUAAUUUUCAUACCUGUAAUAAAUGUUCUAUAGUUUGCAAAAGCAAAAUCAGGACAUUUUUUUUUUUAAACUCUGUCUUUUAAAUAAAGCAAAUAUUUUUUUUAGGAGCCACAUCCGUACAAAGCAGUGAAGUUUGACAAAUAUUUUAUUUUAAUGACUCAUGUAAAACUGGUUAGAUGGGCCCAUUUGCAAGCAGUAUGGUUGACUAGAUGUUUGGUUCCACCUUUCACGUUCAGAAAUAACGUUAAUUAUCUUUUUAACUAUCUGGUAAUUAAAAUUGGAUAGUAAGAAUAAAUAAAAUAAGGUAAACUAAUGUCUGUAUUUAUUGAAAACAUUUGGUGCUAUUAAAGUUAAUGAUGACAUGAAUGAAUUUAACAAAACAAAAUAGACUAGAAUGAAUGAAAGAAGUUCUCAGAUGUACUCCUACUAACAGUACAAAUAGUGCAAGAUAUUGUCUGCCAAUGGAGUAGAAUUCAAGGUCUGUGUUGAAUGGGCCCCUGAAUGCCAUUGUCUUAUUAUUCCAGUGUUGUAUUUUUUACCACAAAAAGAAUAGAAAGUACUGUAUGCUCUGUCUGUAAAGACUGCAACCCCUUUGUAUUAGUGUGUGAAAACUUUAAGUCUAUUGGCUUGUUAUGUAAAGGCCUGAAUUCCCUGAUGCCAACCCACCUCCACAAUGUGAAAGCUUUUGUAUUAAAAACUUUUUUUAAUUUAUUGAAUUUAUAAAGGCUUUUGAAUAAUUUUUUUUUUCUUCAAGUAUAUUAAUCACAUCAUAUUUUAUAUUGAACAAAUAAGUAAGGUUUUUUUACACGACCAUUUACAUUCAGCUCACAGUUGUAGCUUUAUAUAAAGUACUGUUAACCAUUUUCUUUAAAUAUUACAUAUUUCAUUGUUAAUUUUUUGUGAUAAUCUAGCUGCAACUAUACUUGAAGUGGAUAAAGCCAAAAUUAAAGUUUGUAUCAUUACUACAUAAUUUUUAUACCUUUAGCAUUAAAAUAGUCUUGAUCCCAAAAUGUAGUUAUUUUUGACAAACAACUUUAUGGAUCAUUACAGUCAUGAUUUUUUUAAUGGUAGCCUGCGAUGCAAAUUAUAAGUGAUCCAUAUAUUUCUUUGGAAAAUCAGAAAAUAUGUUUCAAUAAUAAUUUUUUCUAAUUUUUCUGGUCUCUAUUAUUUAAUGUCAACAUUUCUAAAAGGAAAUCUAUCAAAAAAUAUUUGUCUCACCAACCCUCCAACAACCCUUUAGCUCUUAUCUAUUGUCUGAGAGGAGAAAAUGACCUCAGCAUUCAGUAGCUACCACUUAUGAAACCCUGCGUUACAGGAAUAAGCAACUAGUGUGAAAUGAAUUGAAUAGUUUAAAAGUAUAUGUCUGAAAUUUUUGUGAAUUAAAAAAAUGUUUGUUUUUCUCCCAGAAUACUAGAUGAAGUCAAAAAUGUUCAGAAAAAGUUUGAAAACUGUUUAUAUGAUGUGCAAAAUGAGCUGAAAGGAGAAUUUGGAAUCCUUUUAUCUGUACAAUCAAAAGAAAUUACAGAUGCUACAAGCCAAGUAAUUAAGCAGUCGGGCC